CAUCUAUGCCUGGAGUCCACCCAAGGCCCUGGCAGAGCAGAUUGGCAGUGAUCCAAAGGGAACCCAGGCUUGGGGAGGGGGACGGGGCAGAGUGGGCUGUGUUCUGGGCCCUGGGCCCCACUUGGGGACCCAAAGGGCAGGGAAGCCGCCAGAGAGCAUGUGGGGGCUAUUGGGAGGCCCAGGGUUCCCCUAGACCUGCGUUCUGGAUUCGAUCCCCAGUCUUGCCUGGAACCUGCUGUGUGCCCUCCAGCAGGACAACUUAAGCCUAUUUUCUCCAUCUGUGAAACAUGGUUCGUCCAGCCUCCUUCCAUAAGUCUAGCGAGUGCCUUCUGGGGUUGCACCUGCAUCAUCGCAAACUUGCAUCGUUCCUGCUUUGGCACAGGGAGAUGGGCCCUGUUUUGCAGAUGGGGAGACUGAGGCCUGGAGUAACUGAGGUUUAGAGAUGAGGUGGGAGCUUGAGUAGGGAGGCCUAAGCCUGUAUACAGCAGGUGCUCAAUCUGGGUCAGGCACGGUUUCUAUGAGAAAGGAGGGUGCCCGGAGCCCCCUGGGUCAGGCUGCACCAGCAUGUCUGUGAGCAGUACUUAGAACUCAGAACUGGAACCCAGAGCCCCCUGGACUCUGGCACCUAGUAGCGGCUUUGACCAAUCAGAGACCAGGAAUACUCGGUCCCCUUGCUCUGUUUAUGAAGCCAUAAUCCAGCUCUUUCUGGGGGGUGUUGAUUCUCUGUGGCCCAGACGGGUGGGGGCCGCCUUGAGGCCCUCGGGAGUCCAGUACAGAGUGACCCAGCUUCUCAGCAUGCUAGAGGGUGGACAGAGGGGGGAAAAUGGGGCGAGCAUGCUCCUCCACCUCCAGGGAGGCCCCCAGGUUUGCACCCUGAUGGGCAUGGAUACAAGGGAUUUUUCCAGAAGCCUUUGAGGUCCGACCUCAGUGGGGAGGAGCCCAGUGCGGUCUGACAGUCUCUUGUCACCCCCAGGUUUCUGUACACACGUGAAUGAGCUACCCGCCAGCCGCCACCACCUCCUGGUGCCCAGUGUGAGAAAGGAGGUGUUGCCCGCCUGCCACUGGCAUGCCCCGCCAGCCCUCAGCCUGAGCCCAGCGGCGCCUGCCCCUGCCCCCUGCCACCCUGCACUGCCCCGGCUCCCCCGCAGCCCCCACACUGCAGUGCGGCCGGGCCCCCUCCCCACAGGGGCCGCCCCCACCGCCCCCUCCUGGUGCCCGGGGCGGCCCGGCCCGCAGGGCCAUGAAGCUGCAGGCUGUGAUGGAGACGCUCCUGCAGCGGCAGCAGCGGGCACGCCAAGAACUGGAGGCCCGGCAGCCACCACCGCCCUCUGAACCUCCAGCCCGUACCAGGGCCACCCCGGAGGAGGACAGGGAGCCUGAGAGCGCCCGGAUACAGCGGGCGCAGAUGGCCGCCCUGGCCGCCAUGCGAGCUGCUGCCGCCGGCCUUGGCCACGCACCCAGUCCCAGCUCGGAGGAUGGGCCCCCUGGCUCGGAGGAUGAAGAUGCGGCCUUGGAGGGGGCACCGGGCUCGCCCACCCCACCUGGCCGAGGCAGGGAGGCAGCCAGCCUCCCCAUGGGCGAUGGCCGCUUUGAGGAUGCAGGCUCCGACGAUGACCUGAAGCCAAAAUGGGAGGAGGAGGAGGAAGAGGAGGAGGAGCUGGAGGAAGACCUGGGAGACGACGAAGAGGACGAGGAGGAUGAGGACUACGAGGACGAGGAGGGGCUUGGGCCCCCGGGCGCCACCAGCCUGGGCCCCGCAGCGCUGUUCCCCCGCAAGGCUCAGCCGCUCCAGGCCUUCCGUGGUGACAGUGGAUCCCGGGCACUGGGUGGCCAGGAGCGCCCAGGGACUGGCCCAGCUGUCCCUGGAGGGGCUGCCCAUGCUGCACCUCAGCUGCAGCCACCAGACCACGGGGACUGGACAUAUGAAGAGCAGUUCAAGCAGCUCUAUGAACUGGAUGCAGACCCCAAGAGGAAGGAGUUCCUGGACGACUUGUUCAGUUUCAUGCAGAAGCGAGGAACACCUGUGAACCGCAUCCCCAUCAUGGCGAAGCAGGUGCUCGACCUGUUCAUGUUGUACGUGCUGGUGACAGAGAAGGGCGGCCUGGUGGAGGUCAUCAACAAGAAGCUGUGGCGAGAGAUCACCAAGGGACUGAAUCUGCCCACGUCCAUCACCAGCGCUGCCUUCACGUUGCGCACCCAGUACAUGAAGUACCUGUACCCCUACGAGUGUGAGAAGCGUGGCCUCAGCAACCCCAAUGAGCUCCAGGCAGCCAUCGACAGCAAUCGGAGGGAGGGCCGGCGCCAGAGCUUUGGGGGCUCCCUCUUUGCCUACUCGCCUGGCGGGGCCCACAGCAUGCUGUCCUCGCCCAAGCUGCCUGUGUCCUCCCUGGGCCUGGCCGCCAGCACCAACGGCAGCUCCAUCACCCCAGCCCCCAAGAUCAAGAAAGAGGAGGAUGCAGCCAUUCCCAUCACAGUCCCCGGCCGCCUACCAGUCUCCCUGGCAGGUCACCCAGUGGUGGCGGCCCAGGCAGUAGCAGCCCAGGCGGCCGUGGCAGCACAGGCGGCUGCCCUGGAGCAGCUUCGGGAGAAACUGGAAUCUGGGGAGCCUCCUGAGAAGAAGAUGGCUCUGGUGGCAGAGGAGCAGCAGCGGCUGAUGCAGCGGGCACUUCAGCAGAACUUCCUGGCCAUGACGGCACAGCUGCCUAUGAGCAUCCGGAUCAACAGCCAAGCCUCCGAGAGCCGCCAGGACUCGGCUGCGAACCUGACCAGCACCAACGGCAGCAACAGUAUUAGCAUGUCAGUAGAGAUUAAUGGAAUCAUGUACACAGGAGUGCUGUUUGCCCAGCCACCGGCCCCCACGCCACCCUCCGCUCCCAGCAAAGGUGGAGGCAGCAGCAGCCGGGGCGGAAACAGCGGGACCAACAGCAGCAGCAGCAGCAGUGCAGGCAGCCAGGCAGGGCCAGCGGGGAUGUCUGCACCCCCCACAUCUACCUCAAACAACUCAUUGCCUUAACCGCUACACUCCCCAUCCUGGGAACCUGCCAGACUGGGCAGGGGGUCCAGGUGGGCCAAGCAGGGGCUGGGAUGGCGGAAGAUACGGGUGGGGAGGGGAGGUAUCCACAGAGAAGCCACAGCUUAACGCCAAAAAGAAAAGAAAAAUAUAUAUACAUAUAUAUAUAUAUAUAAAGAAAAUUUAAUAAAACAGGGGAAAACCAAGGAACACUUGAAUUACUCAGGUUUCGGACAUUCAGAGAUGAAUUGUGAGAAUAUCAAAGGAAAUUAGAAAUGAGAGAGGCAAAUGUCUACUAGGGCUCUCCUGAAGCCCUGGUGGACCCACGUGGACUGGCGUCUGGUUUCAACAGGCCAAUCCUGUUUACCUCAUACAUCCCUGCACUGUGUUUUUUCAUUUUUAUCUGUUUUUUUUCUUUGCUUUUUUUUUUUGUCCGUUUAUCACACACUCACCACACCCAGCUCCUUGUGUUGAAUGAAACCCCUGAGCCAAGAUCAGUUGAAUUUUUUUGUUGUUGCUUUUGGGAACUUUGUUGUUUUUUUAAAAGAAAUAGUGAAAUUCAAACUCUAUAGGGUUUUUAAGAGGUUUUAGGGGUUUUGUUUUGUAAAUAUUCUAUUUUAUUCUUGGGGGAGGAAUCAAACCUAGGAAAAGGAUAUAUAUAUCUAUAUAUUUGUGUUCAUUCAGGGAAACUGGACUUGAAAAAGGAAAAAAAAAAAAAA